UAAAUUCAUAAAAAUGUAAGCGCACGGCGCAAGGGCCAACGGUAGUGUAAAGUAAAAUGGUGUAAUGGUUCCCUUCUUGAAUGCAUGUAUAAUUUUGGCAGAGAGUUGAAUUGUUCAGUGACAAAAGUGCUAUUAUUCGAUUUAUCGAUGUCUUAGGUGAAACAAGCGUGAUCAGCAUUUUAUGGUUUGUAAAUUGUUAGCCAUGUCAAAGUCAACAGUGAUUUUAAAUGGUGAAAAUACGAGUGAAGUGAAAGAUUAUACCACUGACGCGAACGUCAACAUGGGCGCUGCUAUCAACGAUAAUAAUUCCUGUACCAAACAUAUAGAAUCUUUAAAUUCAAAAGACACUAAGUCAGGAGUUAUACCAUACCCUUGUGAUUUUGACCAUAUUUACGCCAGUAACAUGAGUGAAAAUGAAAAUUUUUCUGAGAAGAAUUCUGAAUUCGCUAAUCUAAAGGAACUACUUUUGUUGCACCUGGACCUUAUCCAACGACAAUCUGAACAGCUACUUACCAAAGAAAAACUGAUUUCUGCGUUAAAGCAAGAAAACGACACGUUAAAACAACGUUUGGAGCGGAUGGAUAGAAGAGUCACUCUUCAAAAGCACAAGGAACUAUCAGAAGUGUUAACAUCUUCCACUAACGGUAGUACCUCAUUGCAAGAAAUAGAAAUGCCGGUGGGUCUGGACACUAGUGCACAAGUAAAUAUAGUGGAAACACCGACAUGCACUACCCAUGUGCAACCGAAUGAGGAAGUGCUAUUGCCAGUAACCAACAGUGUUCAGGAGACAAACAGUGUUGUGCGAAGACGGCGAAGGGACGAUAAGAUGAGUGCUAGCAGUAGUGUUUUAAGCACCAGUGGACUUAAAAGAAGAAAUAGAAGUUUAUCUUGGACUUCAUCUGUAAAUAGCACUGAAGUUAUGCCUUCAGCCAAAGUGAAUGGUGGGAAACUAGUAAAGCGGGAGAGGCACCACAGGAGAGAAAGGAUGAGGAAGAAGCGUUCAAAAAAAGACUCCACUGACAAGAAAGAUGACAAUAUUUUGACAACAGAAACACCCUAUUACACUCCAGUUGGUGACGCUAACAAUAUAUGGAACCUGGACGAAGUACCUGUCAGUGGAUGUGUUCUUGAGGUUCCUAGUUGGAGAGUUAAAGUUUUUACCAGCUGUUACACUAUGGAAGGGACUGAAAAUCUCUCAGAUGAUGUUUUUGACAGGAGACAUUCCAGAUUAGAAAUUGAUGAAAGGCGGAGAAAAAGAUGGGACGUGCAGCGGAUCCGUGAGCAAAGGCAGUUGGAGAAGCUUCGCCAACGAAGCAUGAAGCGGAGAGACGGAGACAGUGAUACAGAGGAGGUGGAGUCUCUCUGGCCCUUUCCGGACCAAGCGCAGUACCUUCACGUCUCAGACACUUUGCCUGUAGCCGCCUUUGGAUGCCCAAUCACCAAGUUUAAUCCUAUUGACUCAGAGUUCACGUUGCCGUGGGUGAAUGGCAGAGAUUUUGGCCGUAGCAGGUCAUCUUAUGUAUCACGCAAGAAGAGAUGAAUAUUAGGGUUUGUUGAUGUUAUGUACAAGAUGAGGACUUUCACGUUAAUAUUACCUUUUUUCUAUGAGAGCUGUAUUUUUGUUGCGCCCACACUAUAGACCAGACUCAGUAAAGUAGACAUUCAAUGGCUUGUUAGUGCAUCUUGUUCAUUUUCCUACUCCUCAUCGGUAUUAAUUGUAAAUACUAAAUACUAAAGUAUCUUUGACCUUGUGAAUUUGUACUGUUAACAUAGUUGCAAAUUAUUUAUAUUUUUAACUGUUGUCAUUUAAUAAUUCAUUAAAGUAGGCUGAAAAAAUA